CUCGCCUGAAAUACUCAAUCGCACGCCGACGCCCUCAAUCCCAAUUGAAUCAGCUAGUUGAUGAAGCGAUCAAUUGAUUGUGCGCAAUCACAGUCACAAGAAGUGCCUUCAACGAAUGUUUCUCAUGACUCUCAUGUAGAGACAGUUCAAAAUGAAGAUACAAGUCUUUCGACAACAGAUUGGAUUCGUGCACAACUUUGCAAACCAAAACUUGAUAUGGAAGAGAAUUUAGAAGAAUUAGAAAAAAUGGAGAAAGAUUUGAAGAAUGCAAACAUUGAUGAUGAUUUGAUCUUUGUCACGGAAUGAAGAAAGUGAUUACAAUUUACAUGGCUAAUGGGUCCUAGUGCAAUUGAGAAAAAAGCUUGUUACAAAAG